CGCUCUUCCUCUCUUCCCUCCCCACCCCCGCAGCACUAGAAGGCGCAUGCGCGCAGCUUGCACGAGUCUGAGCCUGUCCCCCGGACUUCCCCCCCAUCAGUCUCGGGAGCGCGUGCGCGGAUUCCCAGGCGGCGGCGGUUAGCACGUCCCUCCCCCGGCUCCAGUCGGAGGGGGUGCAGGCGAGGUUCCUCAGUGACCCGCCCCCGGGAGCGGGGGGCGGUGCCUGCUGUCCCCUCCUUUCUUCCUCGGCCUCGCCACCGGCGGCGGGUGUGCAAGGGGGCUGAGCUCGGUUUCUUCCGUGGCGGCGGAGGCUCAGCUCAUCGUCUGUUCUCUCCCGGGCGGGACAGGCGGCGGCAGGAGCAGCCAGCGAUCUCCGGGGAAGGGGCCGGGCCCGCCCGUCGGGAGGAGGCUCUGGGCGGCUGCGCUCCGUGCGGGCGGGCGCCCCUGGCUGUUUCCGGAGGAAGGAGAGACGCACCUCUCCCCCCUCCCCCCUCAGCGCGAGCGGAGCCCGGAGUCACCGCGGCGCAGAGACAGGCCCGGCGGGCGGCGGCGGCGGCGCGCGCACACACGCACACACACACACAAUGGCGCUCAAACGCAUCAACAAGGAACUUAGUGACUUAGCCCGAGACCCUCCAGCACAGUGUUCUGCAGGUCCAGUUGGAGAUGAUAUGUUCCAUUGGCAAGCCACAAUUAUGGGACCUAAUGACAGUCCAUAUCAAGGCGGCGUAUUCUUCUUGACAAUUCACUUUCCUACAGACUACCCUUUCAAACCACCUAAGGUUGCAUUUACAACAAGAAUCUAUCAUCCAAAUAUUAACAGUAAUGGCAGCAUUUGUCUCGAUAUUCUAAGAUCACAGUGGUCUCCUGCUUUAACUAUUUCUAAAGUUCUCUUAUCCAUUUGUUCACUGUUAUGUGAUCCAAAUCCAGAUGACCCCCUAGUGCCAGAGAUUGCACGUAUCUAUAAAACAGACAGAGACAAAUACAACAGAAUAUCUCGGGAAUGGACUCAGAAGUAUGCCAUGUGAUGAUACCUUAAAGUCAGAAUAACCUGCAUUAUAGCUGGAAUAAACUUUAAAUUACUGUUCCUUUUUUGAUUUUCUUAUCCGGCUGCUCCCCUAUCAGACCUCAUCUUUUUUAUUUUUUGUUUACCUCCUUCCAUUCAUGCACAUGCUCAUCUGAGAAGACUUUAGUUUUUCCAGCUUUGGACAAUAACUGCUUUUAGAAUCCAUAAAGUAGUUACACAAGAACAAUUGCCCAACAUUCAGAAAUUUUUUUAAAAGGAGCAUGUGUAUUAUGUGGCCAAUGUCUUCAUUCUAACUUGGUUAUGAGACUAAAACCAUUCCUCACUGCUCUAACAGAUACUGAAGAUAUCACCUGAGGGGAGGGGAGGUGGAUGUUCAGUUUUCUUACAUCAAAGGAAGUAACAUUGCAGUAGCAACAUCCAUCCUGUUUUAAACCUUCCAGUGUUAGAGAUUUGAGGUUUUAUUAUAUGCUUAUGCUCAUAACUGACAUGGCUGAAGAAUUGGUACAGAAUCUAUAGUAUCAGAACAGAAAAUGUGAUGUAUCUUAUGCAUGUCAAUAAAAGAAUGACCAGUUCUUGUUUUACAGAGAAUGAAAAUUUGGAAGUCAAACAUCCCUUGUAUUCCAAAAUAGGGUCUCAGAACAUUUUUGUAAUUCAUUUAAAUUUUGUUAGGAGGCUUGGAGCUAUUAGUUAAUCUAUCUUCCAGAACACUGUUUAAUAUAGCACUGAAUAAAUGAAGCAAGUUGUCAAUGGAUGAGUGAUCAACUAAUAGCUCUGUUAGUAACUGAUUUAUUUUCUUCAAUAAAGUUGCAUAAACCAAUGAGUUAGCUGCCUGGAUUAAUCAAUAUGGGAAACAAUCUUUUGUAAAAGCAAAGCUGGUUUUUGUAUAUACCAUUGGGAUUUGCCUCAUUGUUUGACAUCAGAUAAUGAUGUAAAGUUCAAUAGAGUGAAUCUCUUUUUUGCCAUUUUCAGUUAUAAUACUUGGUCUGUUGCAGGCUGACACAUUGAUCAGCCUGAUGUAUGCAGAAUUAAUAAGCUAACCUAGUAGUGUAGCCUUAGUGUGCUAUACUUGGUACUGGGAGCCCAGAGUUCAGGGAUGGACUUGGAACCCAGCAGAUCUGAAGUGGUGUAUUGUGGAGGCAUUUCCAGAUGCACCCUGUUUGCUAACAGAAGCUUUUCUUCACCUUGUACAUGUGAUAGCUGAAAGAUCUUAUUGUGGGAGUAAUAACGGGGCAAAAAAUGCAAAAUAAAGUACUGUUUUGAUGUGGGAGUUGUCAUGA